AAGUGAGACUUAUAAUAUAACAAUCAAGAAUGACACUUUCUAUCACAUGGAGAGUCUAGCGGUGCUCAAUCUGUCCAACCUCGGUGUGCAUGAACUGGAAGAGGAGUGCUUUAGUGGACUAGAGAAUUUAUUACGUUUAGAUCUACGCAAGAACUUUUUGAAGAAAAUCCCAAAUGGUCUGUUCAGGAAUAUGAGAAUUCUGCAUACUUUGUUACUUACUGGCAAUGAUAUACUUCAGAUAUACCCUGGGUCGUUUGAUGGACUUUCAAACUUGCCAUCACUCGACAUGUCGAAUAUGGCCCUUACUACGAUAGUUGAAAAUAUGUUUUAUGGGCUGUCCAGUCUUAUUUUCCUGAACCUUUCGCAUAAUAAACUCACCUUGAUAGAGGACAGGAGCUUCACUGGAGCCGGCAAAGUCCAAACUCUUGAUCUUACAAAUAACGACAUAACAGAAUUCACUGGAGACAUAUUUUCCGGCCUGGACGAGCUCAGUUACCUUCACAAUGAUAAGUAUGUAUUCUGCUGCUUCAGACCACAGAGUGUGCCAGAAGAACAAUGUCUCCCCGCAGCUGAUGAGUUCUCCUCCUGCUCAGACCUGAUGAGGAAUGAAGCACUCAGGAUCUCAAUGUGGGUUCUAGGUUUCACUGCUCUUGUUGGUAACCUUUUGGUCAUUUUGUCUCGAUGCAUCUAUGACAGACAAAGUUUGAAACGCAGCAAUGAUUUCUUUGUUGCUAACCUCGCCUUGUCUGACUUUGUGAUGGGAAUAUACAUGAUCAUCAUAGCAAGUGCUGACACUAUCUACAGAGGAGUGUACAGUUCGAAUGACGAGGCGUGGAGAAACAGCUGGGUUUGUCAGCUAGCAGGGUUUCUAGCAACCCUAUCAAGUGAGACAUCAGUGAUGCUCCUCUGUAUGAUCACGGCAGACAGAGUCCUUGUCAUCAAAUUUCCUUUCGGAGAUUUCAGCAUUUUCAAACGAUUUUCCAAGUACAUCAGUCUUUCAGUGUGGAUUCUGGGUUUCUUGAUGGCAGGUGUGCCUCUUUUGCCCAUCGACUACUUUUCCAGGUCGUUCUACUCCAGAUCAGGAGUAUGUCUCGCACUACCGCUCACCAGGAACAAAGUUCCAGGAUGGGAGUAUUCCACCGCUAUCUUUGUCCUCUGGAACUUCAUUUGUUUUGUCUUCAUCGCUUUUGGUCAGGCUAUUAUCUACCAGGCAGUUAGGGCCAGUCAGAAGCUAAGGAAGGGGCAGACAACGAACGACAUGACCAUUGCUAGGAAGCUCUCCUUCAUAGUUCUGACGGACUUUGUGUGCUGGUUCCCCAUUUGUGUCAUGGGCCUGAUGGCUCUCCGGGGACACAUUAUCAACUCUGGAGUGUACGCCUGGGUUGCAGUGUUUGUUCUCCCGAUCAACUCGGCUCUCAACCCCAUUAUCUACACUUUGUCUUCAGUUGACACCAUGAGGAAACGGAAGCUGAAGAGAGAAAAAACGUUCUCAAGUACCACUCGAUCAACAGGCAGGACAAGGUCCUCUGUCCCUCAUAUUUUGCAGAAAGAACUCCUCUUCCUGAGCCAGCCCCCGAAUUCAGUCUGUCUGUCCUCUUACAUUGGGUCACUGACGUCAGCCCGAGAUAUGCUGACCAUUGCUCACCAGCUAGCCAGAUCGGUGGACCUUCUUCACUCCAAUGGUCUUGUCAAUGGCUUGGUAGAGACAGACAGUGUAUACGUUGUCCUUGAUAAUGGGAUUAUCAAAAGGGUGACUGCAGCAUGUGUUCCCAUGGCAACGGAAAUCGAAGACGAGUAUAGUAAGGAUAUCCGGGACUUUGGUCAUCUUGUAUCCAAGAUGUUGAAAGCUUAUACAGUCGCUAAGAAACAACGUCUCGCAAACAUGGUCGACAACUGACAAUGGAAAGAGAUAUGGAUACGAUACCGCCUCCUCGAUCUACGAAUGGACAUGAUGACGAAAACUACGUAUACUGUGCAACGCAGUU